AAGCGAUCUGGGCCGCGCGCUGAAGAAGCACUCGGCGCUUCCGUGGGAGGCGCGCGGUCUGGACGGUUUUGGGCUGAAAUCGGAUGUUUGGACGGCGGUUUCGGGAGAUUUUCUGGCUCGACUCGCAGUCAAGGCCCAGCUCUUUUUUUAUGAUCUUUUGUAGAAGUGCGAAUGGCGGCGGCGCUGGUGGGGAGGGAGAGCCCGAUGUCCCUUAGAUUGAUUGAUAGGCGAUUAUGGGCAGGCUUUUUAUUAUAUUUAAAGAGACAGAGACGAUGUUUUUAAUAAGUGAGCGAAAAGUAAAGGCGGUUUGUGUUUUUGCAAUGUGACGUAGGUUAUGCAGUUUAAUUGUAUAUUAAUUUCGCCAAAGGUUCUCGUGGGUGUCUAACGUUUCGAUAAAACCCUGUAUAGAUCUGAACAAAUAAGCAAUGGGUUUGAACAGAGACUCCGUCUACAAACAUGGCGCCUACAGUAAUAGAGAGGAUGAGAUACAGUCAUCUGUGGCUGAAGAAAGAAAUAAACCAUGACGGAGAUAUAAAACCACAUGACGGGAAUAUAGUGGUUGACAAGCAAGUCGAUAUUUGCAGUUGUUCCAAGCCCAUUCAAAGCUCACUGAAGUCAUGUUGCAGUACAGAUUACAUCACGGCGAUGCUACUAUUUAUAUUCGCGUUUGCAGAGAGCACUGCAGAUGUUCGUCACGUUUAGCGAAUAAGUUCAGUUUUGAAGCAAAUGAAUGUUAAUGCAUCAAAUCAAACAAGACUUUAUGCGUCGUUUUCUCACUUACAUGUGAAGUACAAAGUUUUGAUUCACGGCAGCGCAUGCAGAAGAAAAUACAAUAGAAACUGAUUUGCGUUUUUAAACUAUACAGGUGUUUAUAGAGCAAGCCAGUUCAGUGGAGCUGAAGAUCAGCUUUAUAGGAUGCUCAACUGUUGUCCACAGCAACAGUAACUAUGAUGACAUCCCCAUCGGUGUCCAUGGAGGGUUACCAAGAGGCUGAACAGAUGCAAGUGGGAGAGCAGACGGCGGGACAAGCGGAGGAGAGUUUGGAGGAAGAGGAGAGCAGCUCUGCACAGUCUGAGCCACAGACUCCUAUGGAGGUCUACAAGACGGCCAUUUACAGACACCCCUUGUUCCCCCUGCUGGCGCUGCUCUUUGAGAAAUGCGAGCAAUCGACUCAGAGCUCGGAGUGCGUGACCUCGGCCAGCUUCGAUGUGGAUAUCGAGAACUUCGUGCGAAACCAGGAGAAAGAAGGCAAGGCUUUCUUCAGUGAGGACCCCGAUUUGGACAAUCUGAUGGUGAAGGCCAUCCAGGUGUUACGGAUUCACCUGCUGGAGCUGGAGAAGGUGAAUGACCUGUGUAAAGAUUUCUGCAGCCGCUACAUCGCCUGCCUCAAGACCAAGAUGAACAGCGAGACGCUGCUCAGCGGAGAGCCAGGAAGUCCCUACUCCCCAACACACACACAGCCGCCGAGCUCGUUCUCUGGAGCCAUGAGUCCUCAAGGUAUUGUGGUGCCAGCGGCGGCUUUACAGCAAGGCAACGUUACUGUCACAGCCGUAAACCCCACACAGGUGGUCACAGGUGGGACGGUGUAUCAGCCUGUUACAGUUGUUACUCCACAGGGGCAGGUGGUCACACAGACGCUGUCACCUGGAACAAUACGCAUCCAGAACUCACAGCUUCAGCUGCAGUUGAACCAGGAUCUAAACUUUUUCAGUCAAGAGGACAAUUCGUCUAAGGCCAAGAGAGGCAUCCUUCCCAAACACGCCACCAAUGUCAUGCGUUCCUGGCUCUUCCAGCACAUCGGUCACCCUUACCCUACAGAAGAUGAGAAGAAACAGAUCGCCCUGCAGACCAACCUCACCCUGCUGCAGGUUAACAACUGGUUUAUUAAUGCACGCCGACGGAUCCUUCAGCCCAUGCUGGACGCCAGCUCCUCGGACACACCCAAGAGCAAAAAGAAGACCCCCCAAACACGCCCCCUGCAGCGCUUCUGGCCCAACUCCCUCGCCUCCUCUGUGUCCCAGCAACAGGUCACCAUGGAAGACGGUACUAUGGUAACAGUCGGUGUGGGUGAGGAUGGCCUCCAGACGCUCUCAUCAGAUGGAGCUACGCUGGCCAUGCAGCAGGUCAUGAUGGGAGGUCACAGCGAGGAGGAGGAGGAGGAGGACGAAGAGGAUGAAGAGGACGAGGACAAUGAUCCUUCCCACUCCGACAUGACCAGGCUGGGCCUGGAGACCAGCGACUCGCUGUAGUAGGACUGAACGACACACACACACACACACACACACACACACACACACCGUUUAGAGAGAGACAUUUGAAGAAAGUGACAUCCACACAAACACCUCGGCUGACAUGUUGAAGGUCACAGAACGUCCUCAAGCUGUCAAACAGCUCGUCUGAAGCACAGAGAAAGGGCUUAAAGCCACACACACACCGAAACAACCCAAACACACAGGUCAAACUGAAGACACAAGCACAAGUCUCUCUCAUGGCGGAACGCACGCAUCAGUUAGCCGAGUGCACUUUUUGUAUGAUACUGUAAACUUUAAAGAAAGUGUUCAAAGCACAUUUUGAAAGAACUAAAAGGAAGGAAAGUAAAAAAGAAAGAUGUUGAUGCUGGAUGAUUCAGUUGUACUUAUCCUCAUGGUCUGGGAUUUGGUCUUUUGCAUGCCUGUGUUUGCUUUAAUCAGGCACCAGGAAAAAAGAAGGAACUAUUUUUAUAGUACACUGUCACAAGUGACCGGUGCCAAUUUGUUUGUUUUCUCCAUUUGUUUGUUUUGCUCUGGUUUGCUAUGUUUUGUAAGGAGUAUUUAUGUAUGAAAAAGACAAAAACAAACACUUUUAACGUGCUCACCCUGUUUUGGAGGGAUUGUGGUAACUACUUAGUACAAAGUACAAAAGAUGAUAUCCGCUGGAGGCAUAGACUCUGAAGCCUUAUGUUUUUACAUUUCUAAUGCCACAAUGUGAGAUGCUGUCAUAUUUAUGGAAGCUUAUUUCUGCUACAAAAUAAAAGAAAAUUUAAAAGGUUAUUGCGACUUUAACUUACAUUUUUUAUACUAUUUUUCAAAGGAUUGUGAGCUUAUAUGUCAUAAAUCUAGAGUUUAUAUCUUGCAAUUUAGAUUCUUUCUUGUAAUUCUAAAUUUAUAUCUUGCAGUUCUAAUUUUUUCUUUUAAUUCUAAAUUUAUCUUGCAAUUCAGAUUUUUUCUUGUAAUUAAGAUUUUUUUUUCUCAGAAUUUUCUGUUUAUAAUUUGCAUUUGCAAGUUUACAUCUUGCAAUUCUGAGUUCAUAUCUGACAAUUCAGACUUUUUUCUGACACUUUGCAGUUGAUAUCUGGAAAUUCUGAGUUUAUAUCUGACAAUUCAGAUUUUUUUUCUUGUUAUUAAAAAUUUUUAUCUCGCAAUCCAGAUUUUUUUUCUCACACUGCAAUUUUUAUUUCGUAAUUCUAAGUUCAUAUCUGACAAUUCAGACUUUUUUCUCACACUUUGCAAUUGAUAUCUUGCAAUUCUGAGUUUAUAUCUGACGAUUCGGAAUUUUUUCUUGUAAUUCUUAAUUUAUAUCUUGAAAUUCAGAUUUUCUUUCCUCAGAAUUGGCCAUUUAUAUCCUACAUUUGCAAGUUUAUAUCUUGCAAUUAUGAUUAUUAUUUGUUUUUUUCAAAAUUCUGUAUUUUUUUCUCGCAAUUCUGAGUUUAAACCUAGCAAUUCCGGGUUAUUGUCUCUCAGAUCUGAUUCACGUUUCUGAUUUUUCUCGCGGAAUUGUGAGCUUAUAUAUCGCAGUUCUAAUUUUAUAUCUCUCAAUUCAGUUUUUUUUUUUUUUUGGCAAUUCUGAGUCUAUAUCUCUCAAUUCUUCAAUUAUUAUAUAAAUUACAAAUAGUUUAUAUCUCACAAUUCAGACUCUUAAUUCAGAUUUCUCGCAAUUCGGAGCAAAAAGAGCAGAAUUGUGAGAACAAAAUGUCUGAAUUGAAGUUUGAGAUAUAAACACAUUUUGAGAGAAAAGUUGUAAGUUAAAGUUAGAAUUAUAAGGUUAAAGAGUCACAAUUUCCUUUUCUAAUUCCUCGGUGGAAUAAAAAGAAAAUUAGCCUAAGCUUCCAUACAUAUCUGAUGUCACUUCCUGUGCAAUCGGCAUGAAUACCGUGUCUAAUAAUGAAAUAAUUGCAAGAUUGUGAUAAUGUUUGUGAAAUUCAAUGCCUGUAAUUGUUGUACGAGAAGAAAAUGUGCUUUUUUUAAUGAUUAUAUUGCAAAAACUCAAAGUGAAACAGAGAAGGACAUCAACAAGUCUUUGUAUUUAUGUAUAGCUAUUUUUUGGCAAAGGGACUCAUCAUUGAUGUUAAACCCCUUCAGCUCAAACAUUUAUAACAGAUUUUUUUUUAUUAUUAUUCUGCGUUAUUAUGAACAGUUCAAAAAGUUUUUGCAGGAAAACAUGUUUUUUUUU